UCACAUUUCUUCCUUCCAUUAAUUAAUCAUUAAUUACACCAACAAAUCUGCAGCAAUAAAGGGUCCCAUCAAUUUUAACAUUGUUUUUCUUUUGCUUCCCUGUAAAUUAGAGCCUCUCCUACUCGCUUUUUCUCUCUCUCUCUCUCUCGCUAUACAAACAAUGAAGCACUGGCAAGAAUUGUUGGGGAAAAAGGGCUCAUUGAUUCUUCAACUUUAUUCCAUUGAAUACUCAUGUUGAAAUUUCUUUCCUUUUGAAACACCAUUGUUUCUUUUUUCUUCAAGAUCUGGGUUUGUUUUUUCUCCCUAAGCUCCAGAUUUGUGCAUGACAGGUUAAUGGAGUUAACAUCUGUAAGGUGCCUUAUAAACAGUAUCUCUCGAUUCAUUCACCUUGUGACAUGUCUAACAUCAAAGACUAUGCCUGGUCAAAAGAACUACAAAAAUAUUGCAACUUUGUUGAAGCUUUUAAAACCAGUACUGGAUGAUAUUGCUCAACAAAAAGCUCCUUCAGAUGAAACCAUAUGCCGGCAGUGUGAAGAACUAGAUGUAGCCAUUAAUGAAGCUAGGGAAUUACUGGAAGAAUGGUCUCCUAAGAAGAGCAAGAUUCUCUGGGUUUUGCAUAGUGAACCAGAGUUGCUGAAAAUCCAGAGCAUUGCACUCAAGUUAUCUCAUAUUUUAUGUCAACUACUAGAGUCAUCACCGACUACUCUGGGUCCGUCUGAAACUCAGUACUUCAUACAGGAGCUUCAAAAGUUUGAAGUGGGGAAAAUAUCAAAACAGAUAAAUGUGGCUCUCGAAGAAGGAAAGAUUCUUGUCUCUGAAAGUCUGACAGAAAUGAUUCACUCUCUUAAUUUUGCAUCUCAUCAAGAACUAUUGAAUGAAUUUAUUGCAUUAGAGAAGGAGCGAAUGAAGGCUAAAGAUAAUAAAACGAGAGGAGAUUUAGAUAAGAUCACCCUUUCCAUAGACCUGUUCUCUAAUAUUCGUGAUUGUAUGCUUAAACUUGACACCUUCAAGACCAUAGAUGGAAUUAAGAUCCCUCCUUAUUUCCAGUGUCCCUUGUCUUUGGGACUGAUGGUGAAUCCAGUCAUUAUUGCUUCAGGACAAACUUUUGAGAAGGCUUCCAUUCAAAAAUGGCUGGAUCAUGGACUAACUACAUGCCCACAAACCCUCCAAGCACUUGCACAUUCAAAUUUUAUCCCAAAUUAUACUGUUAAAGCUCUGAUAGAAAAUUGGUGUGAGGUAAACAAAGUGAGGCUUGACGGGAACCCUGAGUCCACUCAUGAUGGAAUCACAUCUAAUCCUGUACACCUUACUAAUAUGGACGAUGCGCGAGGGUCCUCAGAUCCCAGCAAUUCAACAUUGAGACUUUGUCAUCAAGGUGGACAAGCUUUUGAUAGUCAGAAGGUUGAUUGCACAUCCGAAUUGAGUGAAGAAGAAUUUAGUGCAUGCCGUAUCAAGGAGGCUGAAAAAUUUGGCCACACAUCCCCAGGGCUUUCCUACAUCCACAGCAGGAGUGAAUCGGUAUCAAGUGCUGUUUCCAGUAUUGAUUAUCUUCCCUCAGCGUCAACUGAUGUCUCAAGGAUAUCAAGCAAACAUUAUAAUGUGAGUGAUACAUCUGGAGAGGUACAAUGUGAUUACCGCAUUUCUUCUCCGUGCAACACGAGUGUUGGGAAUUCUCCUAAUUUAUCUGCAAGGCAAUAUCACAGCUCCAAAACAAUGGGUGAAAUGGCUGUGAAUGGACUCCACAACCAUGCUAGACAACUUUCCUUACCAACAAAGUCGAUGUCUGAUGAUCUGACCACGAGCUCCCAUGUUGAAAAGCUUAUUAGAGACUUAGAAAGUCAAUCAACUGAGGUGCAAACAACAGCUGCAGCAGAAUUGCGAUUUCUUGCAAAGCACAAUAUGGAAAACCGAGCUAUUAUAGGCCGCUGUGGGGCUAUUGCUCCACUCAUCUCUUUGCUAAACUCUGAUGUGAAACUAACUCAAGAGCAUGCUGUGACAGCAUUACUAAACUUAUCAAUAAAUGAAAACAUCAAGGCCAUGAUUGCGGAGCAAGGGGCGCUUGAACCCCUCAUCCAUGUCCUGAGAACAGGAAAUGCUGGAGCAAAAGAGAAUGCUGCUGCAGCUCUUUUUAGUCUGUCUCUUUUGGAAGAGUACAGAAAAAAGAUUGGGCGUUCUGGAGCAGUGAAAGCCUUGGUCGAUCUUCUUGGUUUAGGUACCAUCAGAGGGAAAAAAGACGCUUCUACAGCAUUAUUUAACCUGUCAAUAUUUCAUGAAAAUAAGGCUCGCAUCAUUCAGGCUGGAGCCGUGAAACAUCUCAUUAGGUUGUUGGACCCUUCGAAUGAAAUGGUUGAUAAAGCUGUUGCUCUUCUUGCAAACUUGUCUACCAUUUCAGAGGGCUGCUUAGCUAUUGCCCGAGAGGAGGGUAUACCAUCACUAGUCGAGAUUGUUGAAACCGGAUCUCAGCGGGGAAAGGAAAAUGCUUCCUCAAUACUGCUGCAACUGUGUCUCAACAGUCCCAAGUAUUGUCGAUUAGUGUUGCAAGAAGGUGCUGUCCCACCUCUUGUUGCAUUGUCUCAGUCGGGCUCCCCAAGAGCAAAGGAGAAGGCACAACAACUUCUCAGUCAUUUCCGGAGCCAGCGUGAAGGAACCACGGGGAGGGGAAAGUCCUGAUGUCUAAGUUUUGGCUCAUAGAAUCAUGCUGCUUUGCCGUUGGAUUCAAUGUUCAGAGAGUCGUCGUUCUUUCCAGGAACUAUAUUUUUUUUUUGAAAAAUCAUCUGUAGUUUCCCCUUUCUUGUUUGUUUUACCAUUAGGAAGUUGUUUGCUACUGGUUAGGACCGUGAUAUGUAAAUGGUAGUAGAUUCUUGUGUUAUAGCUUUCAGGAUUGGCAAAUAAGUGUUUGUUCCUAUGGUUGCUUUUUGUGGCCCUUUGUUAGCUAGUAGAUAUUGUAUAUGCGACAAGUUGUGAAUACUCAUGUUAGAGUAAGUAUACUCCAUCUAUAUUCUGA